AUGUCGAAAUCACCCAUUACUUGCCAUGUGCUCGAUUCGUCGCUGGGAAAGCCAGCAGCAGGCGUCCACGUUCGCUUGCAAGAGUACAACCCGGUAGCUGAAGCUGCUGCCGCGCUCGAACCACUUGUAGAAGGGUAUACUGAUUCAGAUGGUCGUUGUAUGCAACUCUGGCCCAAGGCUACCGAAGGUCAGAGUAAGGAAGAACUCGCCAAGCUGAAGGCCGGCGUCAUGUACAAAGUCUUCUUCAAGACGAAGGACUACUUCGAAGGCACAGGGCGCAAAUGCUUCUAUCCCUGGGUAGAGAUUACAUUCGAAGUGCAGGAUCCCGACCAACACUAUCAUAUACCCCUGCUCAUUAGCCCCUACUCGUACACAACCUACAGAGGUAGCUGA